ACUGGAGCGAGGUGAUGACGUGUCCAUGCCUGAGAGGGUCAAUAUGCGUGAAGUUCACAUGACUUUAUCCAUUUAAUCUUAGGGUGGCCAAUUAAAUUUGACUAACAGAUAUUUUUUUAAGCAAACACGAACGAAAAAAAUAUACAAAGAUAGGACUUUUUAUUUUAUUUAUUUUUUGUGAGUGGCUGGGAAUCUUACUUUUUAACGAUCUUUGUUGCGGAGUGAAAUAGGCGGAGUUAAACCGGAGCGAAAUCAAGAUGGCCUCCUUCUCUGAAAGGAUGGCGCCUGUCUUGGUGCUCUGGCUGGCCGUGUGCCUCGGCGCGACAUGGGCCGUGGACAGGGGCAACUUCAAGACCUGCGACCAGAGCGCUUUCUGCAAGCGUCAGCGGGCCCUCAAACCCGGAGAGUCCCCUUAUCGAGCCCUGCUGGAGACCAUGGAGCUGACAAACACCAGACUCACCCUGCAGCUCAUCAACGACAACAACAAGGUGCGUCUGCUGCUCGAGCUUUACCGUCUCCAGGGAAACAUAACGAGGGUGAAGAUUAACGAGCUUAAGCCGCUGAAGCCUCGCUACGAGGUCCCAGACGUGCUCAUCAGAGACCCCCCUACAGAGCCCCUGUCAGUCCUGUCUCAGGACGAGAAUGGGGUUGUGCUGUCCCUGGGGGCGGAGUCUCAAAGGGUCAUCGUUAGCGUCCGGCCCUUCCGCCUGGACAUAAUGGAGGGACACGACGUGCUGAUGUCGCUGAAUUCACGCGGCCUGCUCGCCUUCGAGCACCUGAGGAUGCGCAAGGACACUUUCUCCUAUAAAGUAACUAGCACAGUGGCUAGCGUGUGGGAUAAUGUCAAGAGGGUAUUCUCUAGUCAGGCAGACCCCGAGGCAGAGAACAAAGAGGAGGCCGAUGCUGCAAACCAGGCAGAGACGACCAAAGAAGAGGAAGAGAAAGCUGAAGAGGGGAUGUGGGAGGAAACUUUUAAGUCCCACUCAGACAGUAAACCUAACGGUCCGUCCUCUAUUAGUUUAGACUUCUCGUUACCGGGGGUGGAGCAUGUCUACGGGAUCCCCGAACAUGCGGAUGACCUGAAACUCAAAACAACGGAUAAUGGAGAUCCGUAUCGUCUCUACAACCUGGAUGUCUUUCAGUAUGAAUUGUAUAACCCUAUGGCCUUAUAUGGGGCUGUCCCUGUUAUGUUGGCACACAAUGCCCAGAGGACUACAGGUAUCUUUUGGCUCAAUGCUGCAGAAACGUGGGUGGAUAUAAGCUCCAAUACAGCUGGGAAGACUGUGUUUGGGAAAAUGCUGGAUUAUGUUCAAGGAUCCAGCGAGAUACCACAAACCGAUGUCCGCUGGAUAUCUGAAAGUGGCAUCAUCGAUGUCUUCAUUAUGCUGGGGCCAACAGCCAAACACGUCUUCUCCCAGUAUGCCUCUCUCACAGGCACUCAGUCCUUCCCUCCCCUGGCCUCCCUGGGUUACCACCAGUGCCGCUGGAACUACAACGACCAGGAAGACGUGCGCUCUGUGGACGCAGGCUUUGACGAGUAUGACAUUCCUUAUGACUUCAUCUGGCUGGACAUCGAGCACACAGAUGGGAAGCGCUACUUCACUUGGGAUCCACACAAGUUCGCAACACCAAAGGAAAUGCUGCAAGGCCUUGUGGAAAAAAGGAGAAAGAUGGUUGCCAUUGUUGACCCCCACAUCAAAGUGGACAGCAACUACAAGAUUCACAAUGAGAUUCGCUCUCGAGGGUUCUAUAUCAAGAACAAGGAUGGUGGAGAUUAUGAGGGCUGGUGUUGGCCUGGUAAUGCUGGUUAUCCAGACUUCACUCGUGCUGACAUGAGGGCCUGGUGGGCCAGCAUGUUUGCCUACGAUCAGUACGAGGGCUCCAUGGAGAACCUGUACACGUGGAAUGACAUGAACGAGCCCUCAGUGUUUAAUGGGCCUGAGGUCACCAUGCACAAGGACGCAGUGCACGGAGCCUGGGAGCAUCGGGACGUGCACAAUCUUUAUGGAUUGUAUGUGCAAAUGGCCACAGCAGACGGUUUGGUCCAGAGGUCAGGAGGAGUCGAACGACCUUUUGUCCUGACCAGAGCUUUCUUCGCUGGGUCACAGCGCUAUGGUGCUGUGUGGACUGGAGAUAAUGCUGCUGAAUGGGACCAUCUGAAAAUUUCUAUCCCCAUGUGUUUGAGUCUGGGGCUGGUUGGAAUUUCUUUUUGUGGUGCCGACGUUGGUGGUUUCUUCAAGUCACCGAGUCCCGAGUUGCUUGUGCGUUGGUACCAGACGGGGGCUUACCAGCCGUUCUUCAGGGCUCACGCUCACCUGGACACACCACGUCGUGAACCCUGGCUCUUUGGUCCGGAGAACACUGCUUUGAUCCGGGAGGCUGUCCGUCAACGCUACACCUUCUUACCCUACUGGUACCAGCAGUUCUACCACGCGUAUCGCACCGGGGAGCCGGUCAUGAGACCUCUGUGGGUGGAGUAUCCUCAAGAUCCGGCUACUUUUGCUGUGGAUGAUGAGUUCUUGAUCGGCCAAAACUUGCUGGUGCACCCCGUCACUGAGGAGGGAUCUAGAGGAGUAACUGCUUACCUUCCUGGAAAAGAAGAGGUCUGGUUUGACAUCCACACCUUCCAGAAGCACAAUGGAGCUCAGAACCUUUACAUUCCUGUCACCAUGAGCUCUAUCCCCGUGUUCCAGCGCGGCGGCUCCAUCAUUCCUCGUAAAAUGCGAGUUCGUAGAUCGUCCUCCUGCAUGGAGCACGAUCCUUACACUCUUUUUGUGGCUCUGAACGCUCGGGGGCUUGCAGAGGGUGAGCUUUACAUAGACGACGGCCACACGUUUAAUUAUGAAAAGAAGGAAUUCAUCUACAGAAGGCUGUCCUUUUCCAACCACGUCCUCUCUUCUGUCAACCUGGUUCCUGAUUCCCACUUCACAACUAACUCAUGGAUCGAACGUAUUGUCAUAAUAGGAUCCAGCAAACCAGCCAAGGUCACCCUUAAGACUGCUGACGGUAAUGAAAGUCAGCUAGAGUUUGACUUUGAUGCUUCCAUGUCGGUUGUGACGGUCCGCAAACCCGGCAUGAACGCUGGAGCAGACUGGACUGUGACGCUGCAGUAACCAGAGAUGGAGGAGCAUGAGAGCAAUGAUUAAUCUGCACUAAGGUGGAAGGAGAAAACACAUUCAAGGCCCUUAACUAACUAAAAAGACGAUUAGCCAGAAUGCCAACAUUACACCCUCAUUCUCAUGUUUAUUAGUUAGUCAACCAGUCAUUUCUCUGCCAUUUUCCCCUUUAUGUGCAGUCUCACUGUAAAACCUGACAAAUAGAGGUUAAAAGUUACUACUAGACCAUUGUGUUUGUCUUUUUUAAUAGGUAAUAAUUGACUGUAGUAGAUUUUUUUUUAAACUGGUAUUAGGGAAAAAAACUUGCUUUUUUCUUUAUUUGCUCUCUGGGAAUUUAGUCAGAUUAAAUUAUGGAUGUCAGGGGUUAAAAAUGAAGGCUACCUUUUUAAAAGCGCACACACUCCACCCACUGCUGGCCCAUUCUGAUUCAAAAAUUAGCCAUUCCUUUAUUUGGCCAUGUUUUUGUUUUGUAUUUUUUUUUUUAAGUUACUGUGCACGUCACAUUAGAAAAGGUUUGUCCAGUCUUUGGUCUGUUUUUCCAGCAUUCCCUUAUUUUUCCAGUGAGACAGGGUAAUCGGGCCUCAUUGUUUUUUGUGUCUUGGUUGUGUCACUUUUGCAGAGUUCAUCUCUACAUUGUUCAGUGGUGAAUUGUGCAGAAUUAAAACAAUUGUCCAUUCACUUUGAACAUGAGGUUGGAUUUUUUUAGAUGCUUUAAAAGACAUCUGGUGUAUGAAAUGCAUUCAAGGAUUGUACCACUCAGUGAGGAUCAUUCUUUAAAUACCAUCUGUUUAGACCCUGGUCUUGGUUUAAUUGUUUUUUUGUUUUUUAUAAACGCACUUAAAAAGAAGUUCAAGUUGUUUAAAUUGAGGCAAAAAUGAGAGGAGUCCCUACCGUUCACCUUCUUAUCCAUCUCAAAUCACAGCAAAUCCUUCAAGUCCUCAUCUUAAAACAAUUAAAUGAUGUUUGACGUUCAUAUUUACCUGUCCAAAUUUAAUCUAAGAACACUUCUAAAGAUGCAAGUUACUUUCUAGAGACUGAUCUUCAUGCUGUUUAAAGAAUCUGAAUUCUGAAGGGGUCGUGUUGGAGAAGAUUGUCUGAUUUUAUCAGGAAAAUGUGAAUACUGAUGUGUUUUUGUUUGUGGCUCAAUCAGGUGGAAGUGAAAGAUUCUUCUUCGGCUGUUGCAAUUGUACAAUGUACUCUUUAACAGACGAGACCAAGUGAAAAUAAAGCUGACCAAAUGGAA